UACGACUCUAGCCCAGCAAGCACACAUGACGGGAGUACUCCAGAAUUAUGAAAUUCUUCAUAUGGCUAUGGAUCUUCCUUCCCUUUACAGAUUUAAUGGAGGUUAAAACAAACACACCGGAAACUACGAGCAUGUUGGGAAAAGACGUUUUACUUGACUGUCAUUUUAUAAACGCUGGAUCCGUCAAACUGGAAGACAUAGCCGUGAAAUGGACAGUAGACAGAAGAAGUCAGAUUAAAACUAUUUACUUGUUUGACGGAAAAACAGAACAAUAUCACAAGGACAGAAUCACAUUGGAUUUGAUGCGGAUUGAGGAAGGCAAUGCAUCGAUACACCUGCAGGACGUCACCCUGGAGGAUGAGGGAGACUAUCAGUGCACCAUCUUAAUCACCCCUGACGUUGGUAGCUCCACUGUCCGACUGAAAGUGGCAGCUCAACCUUCCGUGGCAUUGGCGCCAGUGAAUCCGCAACUUUCUCAUGGAGAGACUAAAACAUUUUUUUGCGAAGCCAGUCAGUUUUACCCACAAGACAUUGAGAUAAUCUGGCUUUUAAAAGCACGUGGCGAAGAGGUGCCACUGACCACGAAAAUCUGCACCGGGCUUCCCUCACUCAUUGAUAAUGGUACAUUCAAUGUCAGCAGUCAGAUAUCGAUGAUCUUCAGUGAGGAAGACGCUGGGAGUGUCUACAUCUGUGAGGUCAAACACGAGUCUCUUCUGAGGCCACUCAGAAGAAAUACCACUGUACUCUUUGCAAUGUUUGUAGUUCCAGAGAUGAUUCAGAGGGACACGGAAUUCAUUGUGGGAGUUGUAAGUGCCAUUUUAAUUACACUAGUCAUCUUCCUGGGGGUCGGCAUCAUGUACCAAAAGCAGUUUGCAAAAGCUCCACCACUAGUCUCAGAUGUAAUCCUGCCAGAUUUUGUUCCUGCAAAUGAGGCCAUGAAUGUGAUAUGCAACAUAAAUGGAUUCCGACCCAAAAUCAUAAGCAUUCGGUGGUACCUUCUAAAUCGAAAUCACGACUCAACAGGCAGAGAUUCUCCAGAGGAGUCCCUUCUAUCUCAGGAUCUCAUCAGUCAGGCUGGCCAAGCUGUGACCAAACACGGAAGCACCUAUAAUGUAACUUCCCAGUUGUCUUACGUCCCCACUUUGGCUGACGAUGGGACCAUGGUUGGUUGUGAGGUCAAACACAAAGCCUUACAGGCAUCAAUCCGAAAAGAGAAAAAAAUAAAUGUUAUAGCGAGACCUCAAAAAAGUUACAUCACAAAGUGGCCACAGAUUCCUCAACUAGGCGAAGUCCUGAAACUCAGUUGUAUUGUAGAAAAGUUUUACCCGAAAGAAAUUACCUUAACGUGGCUGAAGAACGGGCAGAUGGUGACCAACGUUACUCAGUUUGGACCUUUUCCUUCUGAAAAUGACUAUUACACCGUCUGGAGUCAGAUGGAACAUUUACUAAGGGAGAAUGACGAUGGGCUCACAUACACUUGUCGGAUAAACCACAUCAGUUUGGGGAAGAUUGAAGAAUUGUCCUAUGAAAUCAACUUGAAGGGAACACCUCCCAUCGUUAACUGGAUUACAGCCGACCCUCAAAAUCCCACCGCGGGGGAAGAUCUUCAACUCAGAUGCCAGAUUAGUAACUUUUCUCCUACUGAUUUAAUAGUGGAAUGGUUCAAAAAUAACAAUAAGCUAAACACUGGCAUUUCAAACUCACCCUGCGUCGCCAGUGCGAAAGGACUCCAUUCAAUGUGGAGUUUUUUAAAUAUCGUCCCUCAAAUUGAGGACAAUGAUAGUGUCUUUACAUGCAGGGUCCAACAUGUUGCUCUCAGGGAAUUUGAAGAGAGAGCCUACAUACUGAAUAUACGUUGA